AUGCCCCCUAGAGACUUCCUGCUCGCCGCCUAUGAAAUUAAGGACCAAAUGGACAAACAGCAAUGGCACAGCGCUCCACUUGAGUCACUGAGGCCAAGGUCCCUCCUUGCUAAGUCUCCGGUUCCCCUCCGGAAUCGUCCACCCUCGCCCAGUUCUAACAUGGUCUAUGACAAUAUCAAUCAGUAUCGCGGGUGUUGGUGCCCCUCACUUGAAUCACAGACCUCCCUCGAGAGUGGAAUGGCAGCAACAUUGAUUAUACAGUGUGACAUUGAGGAUGGUGCAUUUGAUGGAUUGGAAUACAAAUGUCGAUGUGCUUCAGUCACUCGAGAACAAAUCACAUAUUCAAAAAUAUGGGAUGACAUACAAUGGGACCACAUCACAGUUGUAAUCAUAAUCAACAUCCUUCAUAUCAUCCUUGAAUAUGUGCCAAAUCUCCAAUGCCAUCAUGGAGCCCUUGAACACCUAUACCAACACCGUUAUUCAAAACAUCCGGUCAGUCUUCAAAAGACCGAAUAUUACCCAAUGGAGACCAGCAUGUUUGAUGAGGCCCAGAACAUUGGAAACCAGGAAGUAGUGAAGGAUUUGUUGGUGUGGCAAUUGGGUGUUAAGCCGGAGGAGUUGAAUGACCGGAUGAUCUCAAUUUCUGGUGAUUGUUCGACUGCUGCUAAACUCUGUUCGCUGAAGCGCCACACUGUGCGAGGGCGCACUGUCACGGCCCUGCAAAGUUCCCGCCCCUCUACCACUUUCUGCACCCCCACCCUCGCGCCGUUACUCGCGCCCGUUAAUCUCACCAUUGCCCAUCACCUAGCGGCGCCGAUAGUGGUUCCCGUCCUACGGCCCCGUAGCAGCGCCUCCUUCGUUCUCCCGCCACCACUUGGGUUCCUCAGCCAUUCGGUCGAUACUGUUUUACUCUAUUCAUUCGCUUAA